CACACACUGUUGUCUGAAGGAGAAAAUCGACCUGCUGAUUGUGAAGUCUGCGAAAAUGGCUGGUGUUUUCCUGGGGAUCGUGCUUGCUGCGGGUUGGGGGGUAUUAUUCUGGCGAGCAAAGAGUUAAAUAAAUUGGCAGCUACAGAUAGCUCAUCGAACUCAUCGAACAGGAAGGAGCAGGUGGUCCGAGCACUCAGUACAACAGUCAGUGACCCUCAGCGUGCUCUCUGUACCCUGGGUUAUGCUCAUGAUCACUACAGUCCUGACCACUGUCGCCUGGAGCAGUCUAUACCGAAACAGCGUCACGUCAGUUUUCGUGAUGAUGAUGAGGAAAUUGUCCGGAUUAACCCUAGGGAGAAAACCUGGUUAAGAGAGAGGUACGAGGACUACAGAUACGCAGCUGUCCGGCCAAAGUAUAAUGCUGAGAUGGACUCCUAUGUGCAUUUUGACAAAAGCGACGCUUCAAAGCAUGACUACAAUUACCCUUACGUAAAAAACUCCGACUUUGGGCUUUGCAAAGAUAUGAAAAGCAGCGUCGUGAAGGCUCAGCCUGUGCCGUCGAAAUCGAAAUUCCGGAGAAGGAUAGACGAUGGCGAACGGUCACGCUGUGUCUACUGCAGGGACAUGUUUAACCAUGAGGAGAAUGGCCGUGGGCAGUGCCAGGAUGCCCCGGAUCCCAUUCGAGCCUGUAUCCGUCGUGUGAGCUGUAUGUGGUGUGCAGACAGUAUGCUGUAUCACUGCAUGUCCGAUCCAGAAGGAGACUACUCAGACCCUUGUUCUUGUGACACCAACGAUGAAAAGUUCUGCCUUCGUUGGCUAGCUUUGAUAGCCUUAUCCUUCCUAGCUCCCUGUAUGUGCUGUUACCUGCCUCUUCGCGCAUGCUACAAAUGUGGUGUGAUGUGUAGAUGUUGUGGUGGGAAACACAAAGCAGUCGGGUGACUUGUACUGUGUCUUUUCUUCAAGCCGCCAUCAGUUAAUGAAGCACAUUUAGUUCUGAAGCAUUAUCGAUGCAGUUACUAUCAGCGACAGUAAACUGGGGAAGUGACUCCUCCAAUAACCUGGGUCCUGUAACAUUGAGAAACACCAAGGCUGUAUCUAUUCUGCAAACGUUACAUAGAGCUGACUGUAAUAACUGACUUUUCUAUGAAUGAAUAUAUAUGUGUGCGUGUGCGUGUGUGUGUGUGUAUAUAUAUUAUAUAUAUAUAUUUUAUAUAUAUAUAUAUAUAAACAGAAUGUCUCAUGUUUAUAAUUUUUUUUAAUUGUAAGAGGCUGAGACUGAAUAAUGUUUUCAAGGUGACUGUUUGGGGAGGGGUGGGGGGAUAUCGCUGGCCACAGUGCAAUUGUGUGAACUGCCGACUGAAUACAGCACUCAGUGAGGAGAUUGGCAUGAAUAGUUCCUGCUUAAUCACCAGAGACACUUAACCUGUAGUCAGGAACCCUCUCUGACCUUGUUUAAGGAGCCGUACUGGUAAACAUGUACCAAGCACGGUACUGCUGUUACUGUAUGAAGCCAAAAUAAUGCUGUUUGUUAAAUGCACCUCAGUUAUUUAUUCAACAAACGCUCUUUGCUUCAUCAACAACUGUGGGCAUUGCCCUCCUGAGCAAAGUUACAAAAUAAUAAAACUUCACCUCGGAUUUCAUACAGUUACCAAGCCUUAAAAACGUUGCCCCACAGUUUUUUAAGCAUCAGUCCUACAUUAGUGAACAUUUAAAUUGGUUUUAAUGUAAAAUUAUGGAUUUUAUUUUAAGGAAAUUUUUCUAUUUAUUUGGGGUCCUUGAAGCAAGUUCUCAUUGUUUUAACAAAAAAAAAGUUGUCAAUACACUAAAGUUUGUCAGAUUACACUUAUCUAACUAAACUCCAAACUGCCUGCUCUGUAUUUACACAGCGACAUAGCCAUCUGCAAUGAGAGGGAACACAGUGUCAGAUCACUACAGACAGGGUGGGGAGAAGAUGAGCUGCUUCCAUUCUGGUGGUCUGUGUCCGUAGACCCAGUUUGCCAACCUCUUACCGUUUUGCAGGGACUGAGUCCCAUGCAUUGUUCAGUUUCAGAGACCGAGUGGACCAGAGGGACAUUAAAAGUGACCAAGUGCACUGUGAGCUGUGCACAAGGUACAGCCUCCAGGGGCUGGGGGUGACUGGGGGUGGUGACUCCUGGCAGGUCCAAGUUAGUUUUUUUAAAAGAAAAAGACCGAAAACACAAAGUGUCCUAGAAGAUAGGAAUUAUUGAGGCCUUACCUGGUGUGUCGUGUGGUCACACUGGCUAUAGAUGGCUGAGGGAAAGACUUUCCCUCCAAAUCUUAAUAGCUCAGGUCACUAAGGGGAUUGAACAAAACCCUCCAUUAGAAAGCUUAAGCUUUGAAAGACUAUUUUUAUAACACAGCACAGGGAGUAGCCUUUUUGUUUUAAUUUAUUUGAUAAGUGGUAGUUUUUCAUUUUAGCCUUGCUGCGUUGUACAAUCCGACCCCUUAUUUGAAGGUCAGCUUUCAGGAACUGGUCUGUUGGAACUGACAUCUCUUCCGUACUGUCCCUCUGCGAGUUAAUUGCCAGUCCAUUCCACAUCCUUAACCCCCCACCCCCACCUUCCUCUGUUGCACCAUAACAUCAGUCCACUUCCUUUCCAAUGAACACUGGGAGCUGCACGUUGGGGAUGUUUGAUCAAGCAGAAUACCCCCCACCCCUACCCACUCUUUAAUGAAAGCAUUACUUGUUGCAUUAUUUUCCCACUACCUGAGCUGUUGCAUUUUUUAUUUAAAUGAUUUGAAAGCUUCCAAUGCACAGACAAGAGACUUUCUUAGGAAGAAAAGCAAGUUACGAGUCUUACUGCUAAUUUUCAUUUGGCAGGACCGCUGUUUGAUGUCAGUGUGACGCAAGUGAAAUGUAUUAAAUUAACUGGACGUUAAUCCACCAGUAUCGCAGUGUAAAAAGCAUUACAACAUUGAGCUGAAUUCUCUAGCGGACAUAUUUCCAAAUGCAACAUUCGCCCAGCAUCGUAUGCACACAGAUUUUCAAAUUGUGAUUUUACUUCUCUUGAGAUCACUGUGAGGUCUUGACUGCAUUGGAACACAAAGCACAAAACACAGGCUUAAAUUGACACUAAACCUUUUUGAGAUCCUGCAGUAACCCAGCAGUUCACUGGCACAAUGUUGGUUACGGUGCCUCUGAAUCUGUUUCCACCGAGGCUCCCGAUAUUGCCCACGUUCACCGUAAUCCACAUAUAUAGGCACUUCUUGCCACAAAUACUGCAAAUCUAUAAAAUGAGGGGAGCAGUUAACAGGGAGCCACAUCCAAGGCACUUCUCUUGUACAUAGUUCACCCACACUGGUGUUGAGCCUUUACAGUUGGCUCCUAACAGUACAAGACAGUAGUCUGAGGUGGAGGGGGAGACAAAUCAAAUUUAUUUUUGUAUCUGUGGUAAGAAAGUUAACCAAAAGCUGUUGGUGCACAGUCUUCAACCAUUGCACACCUUAAUGGAUGAAAAGAAAGUGCCUGCACUAUUGUCUCUUCUGUAACUAAAAAAAACUCUUGUAUCAAUUAUUAGUUUUUUUACAAUAAGCAUUUUUACCUCUGUGUAAAAAAAAUAUAUCAAGUGUAUGAUGUACAUUUUAGUUCUUCUAUUUUUUUUAUUGUUUCUAAUGUGUAUGAUGUAAUCCUUGCUUUCCAGUACUAUGUAAAUACAAAUACGUCAUUAUCAAAACUACAAAAUAAUGGCCUGACCAGUACAUAAUUCUGCUACUUCCAUGUCGUAUCUUAACUAUGUACCUUGGCAGAUCCAAUGACAAUAAAAUGAAAAGAACAUUGACAUUAAAA